AUGACUGUGAAUUCUGAUAUUGGUGUAGUGCCUACCUAUAAAUCCAAUCCAGUUGUGUUUGUCUACCGUACGGAGCCACCUUUACAUGAAGAUACUUACACGAUCGCUAAACAAAUGGAAAAAGAAGUUAGAAUACUUUGUUGGGUCCUAACAUGUCCGAAAAACUUAGAAUCGAAAGCAAGACAUGUGAAGAACACGUGGGCAAAACGUUGUAAUAAAGUAAUUUACAUCAGUUCCAAAGAGAACUCGACAUUUCCCACUGUUGGGGUCAAUGUGUCAGAAGGACGUGAACAUCUCACAACCAAAACAAUGAGAGCUUUCAGAUAUGUAUACGAAAAUCAUUUAAACGAUGCUGACUGGUUUUUAAAAGCAGACGAUGAUACAUUUGUUGUUGUAGAAAAUUUAAGAUAUCUUCUUUCAAAAUAUUCCCCUAAAGAUCCGAUAUUUCUAGGACAGCGUUUUCAACGUCACGUAAAGCAAGGCUAUUACAGUGGAGGCGCUGGUUAUGUGUUAAGCAAAGAGUCCUUGUCCAGAUUCGUCAGGGAUGGAUUGAACACCGGUAAAUGUAACGAGACUGGCGAAUGGGAGGAUGUAGAUGUAGGUGCAUGUAUGGAAGCCCUCGGUAUAAAACUACGUAAUAGCACCGAUUCUAAGGGACGGUCACGCUUUCACUGUUUUGCACCAGAAAUCCACUUAAUGGGACGAUAUCCAAACGGACACAGAGGAUGGGAGCCUGAUGUUAGAAAUGGUACGGAUACCAUUAGCGAAUAUGCUAUCACCUUCCAUCACGUACGUCCAGACAAUAUGUAUGUGUACGAGUUUUUACUAUAUCAUAUUCGACCGUUCGGAAUACAUUUCAAAUACAUUACAGAAUAA